CACCCAGUCCUCUCGCAUCAACGUCGGUAAAUCAAGAUGGCGUCAUAUUCUGGAGGGUCACUGGUAAACAGAAACAACUACAGCACAGAACGACAAGAGAAAAACCCUAAAAGCAAACAAAACGAAAUUCUUCUUUACCGAAACAAUGCUCUAGUCGUCAAAGCAGAGCGCGGAGUAACGCUUGGGCUUAUAAAGUUGAUCUACUCGUCUGACGAAAAUAAUUCGGGCCUUCUUCUUGGAGUCCGACCCCGUCUUUCAACUGGCCAAGUGCCGUGUCUUAUUACAUUUGAUUCYACAACACUACAACUCGAUGCGUACGACCUCAUUGUUCAUGGUAAGAUUUGGACGAGAUUUCUUGCAGUGAAUGUUUGUAAAGUUAGAAAUUAUUACGAUUUAUGUUCAAUUUUAAUGACACGUCAAUUAUACUUUAUGCUAGAUUCAGGRUCAACUAGYCCCAGUGAACAGGCAGCCCAACCAUCCAAUCCAACGAAUACWUCMAAUGACCAACCUCAAUCUACAUCWACCAGCCAAAUUCAAGAGAAAAACAAAUCAAUGCAAAUCACAACCACUCAAGAAUGGUCAAACCAAGUGCCUGAUACUUCAGCAARCAAUGCUCAAGAUGACUUCCAUAGUAAUGUUGAUGAGUCUUUACGAGAUGUUGCAGCUCUGAUACCAGACACAAGUAAACCUGAUGAGRCUAGACCRCCCRUGAACUUCAGAGAUGAUUCAAAUGCUGAUAAUCCAGAACCAGAUUCUACWGAAAUGCCAGAGAAGUUUCCAUUUGAACCAGAGCAGUUUGACUUUGAUAUCAAGUCCAUCACACCAGUCCAGACCGACUCAGGAUUACGCUGGCCUUGUGAUCGCUGUGGCAAAGAUUACUGCAGCGCAAGCCAUUUGAAAAGACAUUGGAUUCUACACACAGAUUUCAGGCCUUAUAAAUGUACUCUAUGUGAUAAAAAGUUCCCCUUUCACUGGGAUCUUAAGAGACACAUGACCAAACAUACUGGCAACAAGAGAUUCAAGUGUCCAAAUUGUGAUAAGUCUUUUAAUACACAGAAAGAAUUGAAGUGCCAUAGCUGGUUACAUACAGGUCAAAAGCUUUACAAGUGCCAAGUGUGUAACCACGAACUCUCUUCUUCUGGAAACUUGAAAGUUCACAUGAGAAAGCAUACAGGUGUCAAGCCAUACAAGUGUGAGUUYUGUCCCAGAGCCUUCUACAUGAUGGGCCAUUACCAGUACCAUAAGAUGAGACAUACGGGAAUCAAGCCGUAUAAGUGUGAUAUAUGYGGCAAGACUUUCAGUUUCUCCUUGAACUUGAGAGAACACAACAAUAUACAUACUGGAGCAAAGCCAUACGGUUGCCCGAAAUGCGAGAAAAAAUUUGCCCAUCGUUCGACGCUCAAGCAACACAUCCUGGUCCAUGGCGGUGAACGUCCAUACAAGUGUCAUAUCUGCUCAAAAGACUUCGUACAGAGUUCUAACUACCGUAUGCAUCUACUCACUCACCAGGACAAGGAACUAAGAAUGCAGAAGUGUGAUCUGUGUGGAAAGGAGUUGUUGUCAAGACGAUGGGUUUCCAAACACCGACAAAGAUGCCUCAAGAAACUAAUGGAAGGAAAGGACGGGAAAACAAAAAAAACAAGAGAACCCAGGCAAGAAUACACGUGCGACGUCUGYUCAAGGGUCUUUAAAUAUCGCGCCAACUUUGACACGCACUGCAAGAAAGCUCAUGUACCAGGAGCCGAAGAGAAAAAGAAACCAACGAGCUCCAAGAAAACUACUAAGAAUAAAGUUGCUUGUCCGAUUUGUCAGAAAAAGUUCCUUUAUAUUAGUUGCGUGAAGAAACAUUUACAGAAGAGACACGCUGGGGUUGAAAUGGCUGUACCAGAGAACAUGCAAUCCGCGAGUAACCUUAAGGAUUCGUCGUUUGCUAUCACGAGUGGGGAGGAUUCACGAGUUGUGAUUCGAUCUUCAGCGAGUAAAACGAAUGAGCAAUCGCAAGAAAGCACUUCAAGCUCAUCAGCCUCCCAAGUCGAAGUGAUUCCUAUCGUCCAACCUGUACCCACAAUCCAUAUACAACCCACAGGGAACCCAAGCUCGUCGCAGAAGAGCGUUACCUUCAUUUUUGUUCCUUCAACGACGUCCAAUACAAAACCGGUUAAACCAGUUAAAUCAACCAAGGCYGUCAAACAAUCCACUAAUGGCUCAAGUGCGAGCUAUUCGGUGUCAAGAAAUGAGGAGGUUAGUAAAGAGAAAGCCCCAGAAACAGGAUCGCAGGCCAUUUCAGCGCUAAAGAAACUGUCAGCWAAAGUAGGAAUCCAGGACCCUAACGGUUCAGAAGAACACAGGAAAACCGUCCAGUCAAAGCAUCUAUCUGCCUUAGAGCAGCUCAACAAGAGAGUAGGAGAUUAUGGAAGCGUUGCCUUGGAAACAGUGCAUCCUGCACCACCGCGUGACCAAGUACCGUCACAAGAUCACCUUGCAUCGCGUGACGCACAAGUGCGUGACUUACCAAACGUUGUGGAAACAGUGACAUCGGAAAAGACUGACGAAAGGAGAGAGGUAACGACAACCAUUGUAUCUAGAAGUGUACAGCAAAAUCAGGUUGGUGGGAAUGCUAGGGGUGUUGAAACUUAAUCCUAGAUCACGCCAAAUGACGAGUUGUUCAAAAUGGCGUGACGGAAGUGACGCCAAAACCGGAAGUGGUUCACAGUACCGGAAGUGGUGUAAAGGGCUUACGGUAGCAGUCGUCAGCUUUCUCUUAGAUAUAUUCUCUGGAAAUGAAGGCCGUAACAGGAAGUGAUACGAAGACGUGGUAACGAUAUUUUAUAGAAACCUAACUAACGACUAACUGGGAAGUUUUACUCUUCAUACUCAAAGAGCGAUACAGAAAGUUACUUUUAAAACUGGAACUUCUAUAAAAUGACGUCACGAAUAUGUUAAUUUUGUGACGUCAUUAGCCUCAGUAAUCAGACGUACUUAGCGGUUCGAUUCUCUCCCGCACAAAUUGGUUUUAUUCAUAGGAAGAAACAAUUUGGAAUUUUUGUUGUGUUGGAAGCGUACAACUGGGAAAGGACAAUUGUAGCCCUUUUUAGGAUUGCUUCAAGAUCUUGGGAACGCCGUAUGACGUCAUAGUUUUAUAUGACGUCWUGGUUGCAUAUGACAUCAGGGUUUUAUUUGACGUCAUGGUUUCAUAAACUCUGAAUUUUCGUUUAAAAUUCUCUUUGGACGGACACGUAGUCCAUUGAGGCAUUUGAAUCGAGCGGAUUGUASAAUAUGAUAUUGUUCGGGGUAAAAAUAAGAAAAAAAUGGGUUGUAUAUAAAUAAAAGAUAUUCAAAAAUUACUGGAGUUUGAACUAAUUUGGCUUCGAAAUUAUUAUUUUUAUCGAGAUAGAUAGGCAAUGAGCACAGAUAUUGACGAUUUGUUUGAAUAAAACACCGGACGAAAUACAAAA